UUAAGGAGUCCAGCCAUGGCUUCCCCCCGGCUGGAGACUUUCUGUUGUCCCAACAGGGAUCCUGCCACUCAGCUAGUGUUAGGUUAUCAGCCUACGGUGUUUGGCUCUCUGUGUAUCGGUAGUGGGCUGGUUAGUUUUAUUCUUACUGUUAUACAACUGCUACCAAAGGCAAAGCAAGGCUACAGAAAAUCAGGCAGAUCCACUUUGCCGAAGCCGUCUUCAUCAAGGAUCCUUCUUCUAGUUGUUGUCUGUGACCUUCUUGGGUGCUUAGGUGUGAUACUCAGAUCAACAGUAUGGAUAUCGUCACCAUCUCUUGUAAGCAAUAUAUCACUGAAGAAUACCACAGAUGUUUGGCCUGCUGCUUUUUGUGUUGGAAGUGCAAUGUGGAUACAACUGUUCUAUAGUGCAAGCUUCUGGUGGUUGUUCUGCUAUGCGGUGGAUGCUUACCUGGUCAUUAGACGAUCAGCUGGGAUAAGCACCAUUGUUCUGUACCACAUGAUGACAUGGGGCUUGGCGAUCCUCCUUUGCGUAGAAGGUGUGGCAAUGCUCUACUACCCAUCAGUAUCUAAUUGUGAGGAAGGUCUGGAACAUGCAAUUCCACAUUAUGUGACCACAUAUGCACCACUUUUGCUUGUAAUGGUAGCUAAUCCUAUCCUGUUUAAAAGAACUGUUUCAGCAGUUGCCACAUUAUUAAAAGGAAGACAAGGAAUAUAUACAGAAAAUGAGAGACGCCUAGGAACUGAAAUUCAGAUACGUUUUUUCAAGAUUAUGUUGGUGUUCAUGAUAUGUUGGUUGUCCAAUAUUAUCAAUGAAAGCCUUUUGUUCUAUCUGGAAAUGCAGCCAGACAUAAAUGGAGAUCAGCUGAAAAAUGUUAGGAAUGCCGCACUUAUCACAUGGUUCAUCAUGGGUAUACUGAAUCCAAUGCAGGGAUUUCUGUUUUCUCUGGCAUUUUACGGGUGGACAGGUUGGAGCAUUAGUUUCAGGUCUCAGCAAAAAGAAAUCCCAUGGGAUCAUAUGUCCAGCUCAUCUGCUGCAGAGUUGGCACGCAAUGGCGCCAUUGGUUCCUUCCUAAACUAUCCUGGCUACAUCCAGGACUCUAACAAGGCAGAAAUGGAGAAUAGCCAGCAGACCGAUGAAGCACUAAGCAUACUUUCUGAAGGUUCUGAAGCUAGCACAAUUGAAAUCCACAUUUCCAAUGACGUGCCAGAUUUUUAUGACAUAGAGGCUGAUGAUGAAUCAGUGGAAAACUGUGACACCGAAAAGUUGGUAAAAUGAUUGUUACAGUCAACCAAAGGAUGCAGGCCGAGAGUCAUAUUGUCAUCAAAUCUCCAGAAUUUUCAUUGAAAUUUAUACCUUAUUAAAAUAAUUUUG